AUGUCAAACUCACAAACUCCUCGGGGCCGCAAAACCCGCUCGUCAACAUCGCGAGCUCUUCUGAGUCAGGCCAGUGGGCCCCGGACGCCGAUUACCAACACCUCGCAGAACUUCUACAAGCGAAAGCUCAAGCUGUUCGCCGAAGAACUUUGUCAUCCUCAAUACGAUCUCGACGUCUGCAACCACGGGCCAUCAGUCCAACUCCAGUAUCUCAAUGCAAACGAUGUAAACGUCGCUCGGCUGUUCACCACGUGUUCCAUGCCAGAUUGCCCCCUCCGGGGGUUCCGAUACCUGAGCGACCGUCUUAGCGACGAAGAACGAGACCUUGUCGAGCGCAUGCGAGUCAACGUGUCUAAUUUACGAGAGGUACACAAGCGUCGCAAUGCCUUGACACGCCGGCGAGUUUCGCGUGAUGCGGCCACAGUUGAAAAGAUCGACGACGAGCUCCGACAGGUCGCUGAUGAGGAAGCACACCUCGACAGAGAAGGCGUGGAUCUGGUUGAGCGUGCGACCUUCAUCCGCGAGCAGCGCAUCGGCCCGGCUGCCCAAGCAGUCAACGCGCCUCCUCUGGCUGCUGUGGCCAGCCGUCCUGGAGUUACUACCGCCAGUCGGCACAUUGUGGCUCCCAGGCAACCACCCUCGCACUCUCGCUCUGCUGUCCGCUCCCCGCCCUCUCGACUCACUCCCUCCACCGACUCGGACGUCGAGGUCGUCGAUGGGCCUCUGCAACCCACUCGCAAAUCCCCUGUAACGGAUCUUCCCGUUACGGUAUAUCUUAUCUCGUAUGAUUGUUCUUGUUUGUUCGAGGGCUCGUAUGGCGCGCCAGCGCACCUACGAGACCUCAGUCCUUUACCAUCCUCAUCGCCCCAUGUAUGCUACGUGUAG